AUGGAGUCCUCAAAUCCUCCUCCAACCGAUGCUCGACCGGUGACACAAGCACCCGACACCGAGAACAACCCGCCGAACACCGCAGAAGGAUCCGUGCUGAGACGAUGGAAGAGGGAGAAUCUCUUGGAGAAGUGCACGCUUUCACUCAGAGGGCUUUGCUGGCUCUUUUCUCUCGUCUCCUUCGUUGUCAUGGCAGCCAACAAUCAAGGAGACGGGCAGAAUUUUGACCAGUAUCAGGAGUACCAGUUAUGUUUAAUUUAUUUCUUGUUAGCGUUAGGAACUGACUUAGAAUUGGUGAUCAUUUGUUGUAGGUAUUGCUUGGCCAUAGCUAUAUUGGCGUUUGUGUAUACUAUGGUUCAGGUUGCGUAUCAAGUGUACAGGUUGAGUACAGAUAACUACCUGAUACCAAACCGAGCUAUGGGCAUACUGGACUUUGUCGGUGAUCAGGUCACUGCAUACCUACUGAUAUCAGCAUUAUCAGCAGCAAUACCAAUUACAGAUAGCAAGAGGGAUAUUAUAGAUACCCCCUUCACAGACUCAGCAUCAGCUUCCAUUAGCAUGGCUUUCUUUGCAUUUUUAUCCAUUGCAUUGUCUGCUCUAAUAUCAGGAUAUAAACUCUCCACUCAAACCUAUAUAUAACUACUAUACAAUUGUGUUCAUUGUAUCAAUAGUUUUUGUUUCAUAAAAUCCGAUUUCAUUAUUUGU